AUGGCCUGCUGUUUAUCCGAAGAGGCUCGAGAGCAGAAGCGAAUAAACCAGGAAAUCGAGAAGCAACUGCAACGUGACAAGCGGAAUGCUCGUCGUGAGCUCAAGUUGCUCCUAUUGGGGACUGGAGAGUCCGGCAAAUCAACAUUCAUCAAACAGAUGCGAAUCAUUCACGGACAGGGAUAUUCGGAUGAGGACAAACGAGCACACAUCCGAUUAGUGUAUCAGAAUGUGUUUAUGGCCAUACAGUCCAUGAUACGAGCGAUGGACACAUUAUGCAUACAGUUCGGCGACCAAUCAGAAGAGCUCCAGGAAAAGGCCGCCGUCGUUCGGGAAGUCGAUUUCGAGUCGGUGACGUCUUUCGAAGAACCCUACGUGUCGUUUAUCAAAGAGCUAUGGGAGGAUUCUGGUAUUCAGGAAUGUUACGAUAGGAGGCGAGAAUAUCAGCUGACAGAUUCAGCCAAAUACUACCUUUCCGAUCUCCGACGGCUCGCCGUACCGGACUAUCUGCCGACAGAGCAGGAUAUUUUGCGCGUUCGUGUACCCACCACCGGUAUCAUUGAGUAUCCGUUUGACUUGGAACAAAUCAUUUUUCGAAUGGUCGACGUCGGUGGACAGCGAUCAGAAAGGCGGAAGUGGAUUCAUUGUUUUGAGAAUGUGACGUCGAUCAUGUUCCUAGUAGCACUGUCCGAAUAUGAUCAGGUGUUAGUCGAGUGUGAUAACGAGAAUCGAAUGGAGGAGUCGAAGGCGUUGUUCCGGACGAUCAUCACGUAUCCAUGGUUCACCAACUCGUCGGUCAUCCUGUUUUUGAACAAGAAGGAUUUGCUGGAGGAGAAGAUUCUCUACUCACAUCUCGCCGACUACUUCCCAGAAUAUGAUGGACCACCACGCGACCCGAUCGCCGCUCGUGAGUUCAUCCUGAAAAUGUUCGUCGAUCUGAAUCCGGACGCCGACAAGAUUAUCUACUCUCAUUUUACGUGCGCGACUGGGGCUUUUGGUAGAAAUCUACGCAUAGAAACCGAUAACGUUAGGCCACGUGAACGGAACCCGAAAAACAUGAGAAAACCCAAAACCUCCAAAUUUUCAGAUACGGAAAAUAUUCGGUUCGUGUUUGCCGCCGUCAAAGACACAAUUCUGCAGCAUAAUCUGAAGGAGUACAAUUUGGUGUAA